AUGGCUGCGCCUUCCGCGGCGGCGGCCGCCGGCGCCGCCGCGGCCGCCCUCCUCCAGCGACAACUCCUGCAAGGCACUGGUGGCACUGGCGGUAGCGAGCAGGGCUGGAGUGAGCAUCAGACUGGAGAUGGCCGAAAGUUCUUUCACAAUGAGGAGACCGGUGUCUCGCAAUGGGAGAAGCCCGAGUCACUGAUGACCGACAGCGAGCGGAUUGUCAACUCCACCGCAUGGAAGCAGUAUCGGAUCUGGGAUGGCCGAAUCUUCUACCAUAACAAGGAGACAAAAGUUAGCUGCUGGAGCAUGCCGCCGGAGCUGCGCAAGCUCCGUGGCGAGAGCACUGGGCUUGACGACCGGCCCUUGCCGGAAACUCUCGCAGAGCAACGACAAGCCUUCCAGGAGUUGCUAAAGGAGCGGCACGUUGAUGCGACAUGGGACUGGCGACGGGUUCAAGAGUUGGCCCGUGACGCCCCCCAAGCUGAAGGUGUUAGUGAGCCCGUCCAGAAGCAAGUCUUCGCAGAGCUUCUGAGUCUAGCUCUGAAGCGAACCGAGACGGAGGCGCGGGCGAAAGCACGCAAUGCCGCCGUAGCACUCGAGCGAUUGGUCGAAGAGCGCUUUGCAGAUCCGGAUGCUUUAGGCACUACCUACGAGGAGGCAGCUCGCAUCCUAGGAGACGAGGAGGCAUGGACGUUGAUCAAGUCCGACGUUCGGCGCGAUGAGGUUUUCCAAACUGUCAUGGAGCGCUUGGAAGAGAAGCACGAGAAGCACCGCGCAGACAAGAGAGCAGAGCGCGUCGUGCGACUCCAGCGGCUCAUGGCGACAGACCCAGAGCUGCGGAGGCCGAGGAUGCGCUGGAAGGAUGCAACAGCCGUCCUGGCCAGACGUGAUGAGUUGCAGGAGGAGGAGCCACCCAUCGAGGCUCUUCGCGUUUGGGCUUCCAUGCGCGAGCUCAGGCAACCAGCCACCAGGGAAGUGGAUCCCAAGAACAAAGCCCAAGCUGACUUCUUUCGCGACGAGCGGAAGCGCCGUGAUGCUUUUGUCCUCUCAAUGAAGGAGCUCGCGGCAGCCGAGCGCUUCACGAUGGGGACCAGCUGGGCACAAUUGGAGGAGAUGCUUCAGGCUUCCGGGGAUCAGCGCAUUGCUGGGCUUCGCGAGGGCGAGGGCGCUGUGGCCAUGGAGCUUUUUGAUGAGUUCGUGGAGGAGAUCAAGCUCAAGGGCGCGGAGGCUUACGCAGGCGUCGAACCCGCACCACCGCCGCCGGAGCCGAUCGUGGUGACCCUUUGGGUUCAAGCCUGUGGGCUGCAGACUUGCGCAUCAGCCAUGGGAAACAUGAUGGGUGCCGGCAAGCCCGAAGACGAGAACCAAAGAGCGGCAAGUGCCAACCCGCGCUGCGAACUUCGCAGCACAGAGGAGCUGCUGCGUGCAGCCCCCAAGGUGGAGUUGCAUGUGCACCUGGACGGUUCCUUUGAUGCUGGAGUGCUCUUCCGUGCUGCGCAAGCUCAUUUAGAGGAGCUCCCGGAGAAAGUGCGGACACCAUGGGAUGGCAAGAUGCUGGAAGUGCGAAAGGCAGUGCGCGAAUGUCAUGGGGACUUGGCAAAGUUCACCUCCCUGGUCACCGUUGGGAGCGACAUCAUCGGCUUGUUUCCCAUACUCGACUGCUUCUACACCUUCUUGCCCAUUGUCCGUGGCCGGUUCGCUUUGCUGGAAGAACUAGCUUUCGAGUUCUGCCGCGAGCGGAAGAAACACAACAUCAUCUACACGGAAGUGAGGUACUCUCCCUUCGAGUUCCUCCCGCAAGGGGAGGAUGGACAGAUUGCAGAUACCUCGAAAGCAGCAGAUGCCGUCAAGGCCGUGUGCGCAGGCCUGCAGAAGGGCCAAGCCGAGUUUGGCGUGAUGGUUCAGCAGAUCCUGUGCUGCAUUGCAGCGCAACCGGCGUGGUCCGCCCAGACGAUGGCACUUGCCGAGGAGUUCAGAAACGAGGGUGUGGUUGGAGUAGACAUCGCCGCUGGCGAGAUGCACUUCGAGGACGGCGCAUUGCAUGAUGCGCACCGGGAUGCCAUGGCUAUGGCGCAAGAAAAGGGCCUCGGUAUCACGGUUCAUGCUGCUGAGGCUGGACCAGGUGACAACGUUUGCCGAGCAAUGGAUGUUUAUGGUGCGACUCGAAUAGGUCAUGGUUACAGAUCUGUGGGAAUGCAGGCUUACGACUAUGCCAGGAGCAAGGGCGUGCACUUCGAGCUAUGUCCUACCUCCUCCGUUUCCACGCAAGCUAUCGAGCUGGAGAAGGCAGAUGGGUCACUUCAAUGGAAAACACACCCAAUAAGUCGCUUCUUUCUGGACGGCACUUCCUGCUCCAUCAACUCGGACGAUCCAGCAGUGUUCCGGUCUUCGCUUACCGAUGAGCUUGUCAUCUGCGUUAAAGAAAUGGGUCUGAGCUUGGAGAAUAUCCAAUGGAUGACCUUGGAAGCUCUUGAGCAUGCCUUCCACUUGGAGAGUGGUGUGAAAGACACCAUCGCCGAAAAGGUGAAGGCUUUCUACGAGCAGACACUGAACUAA